AUGUCGUGUUCUAAAGAAGAAAUUGAGAAAAAACGUUUAGCAGCGUUAGAAAGAAGGCAAAAGAAAGUAUUUAAUAUUCAUACUGAAAAGAGUUCUGAGUUGCUUCUAAAUCCAGGAAGCCCUUCUUUCGCUCCUGAACUUAAAGGAUCUGGUUCAAAAAUUGUUAAUCAUUUUCAUCCUUAUCACAGACCCGAAGCAAAUAAUAUAGAAAAUAUUCCUGUAUCUAAAGUAAUAAGUGGAACAAUAUAUUUGAUUUCGGAGAAUAGAUUUGAAGUAAAUCCAUCAGAAUUCUGCACACCACUCAUAAGUAUUUUCAAAUCUAUAGCAUCUAGAAGUUAUGAUGCCAAUACUAAGUUAUGGAAUUUUUCAAUAAAUGACUAUGAGGAGCUGAUGACUAAAGUAGCCCCAUUGGCCCCACAUGUGGUUCUGGGCUCUUUACCUGCUUUUGUACUUAAGGCAUUACGAGAACAAACAGUAGACCCUAAUACUAUUGAAUUGGUUCCAAUUGAGUCAACUUUGAGAAAUAAGCUUAUGCCAUUCCAAGAAGAAGGAGUCAGGUUCGGAAUAGCGCGUCGCGGUCGCUGCAUGAUUGCUGAUGAUAUGGGACUAGGGAAGACAUUUCAAGCCUUGGCUAUAGCGAGCUACUAUAGACACAAUUGGCCCAUGCUCAUUGUUACUACCUCUUCUAUGAGGGAGACAUGGCAAAGCAAGAUCCACGAGUUGCUUCCUUCCGUCCCUCUGAUGAAUAUUGUGACACUUAGCAGCAGCAAAGAUACUCAACUUGUAGCAGACCGACAGACUGAAGUAGUGAUAGUGAGUUACAAGAUAACAAGUAUGCACACUGACUUGUUGAAAAAUAAGAACUUUGGUGUUGUUAUUAUUGACGAGUCGCAUUACCUGAAAUCGCACAAGUCGCAGUGCACGGCGGCGCUGCUGGCGCUGUGCCGCGGCAGCGCGCGCGUGCUGCUGCUGAGCGGCACGCCGGCGCUCAGCCGCCCGGCCGAGCUCUACACGCAGCUUGCUCUCAUCGAGCCACGAUUCUUCCCCUCCUACACCGAAUAUGGUAAGAGGUAUUGCGCCGGAAAGCAGACGAGCUUUGGAUGGGACAUGACGGGACAGUCGAACCUCACUGAGCUGCAGAUCAUCCUGCAGAAGAGAUUCCUCAUCAGGAGAACAAAAGAGCAAGUUCUGACAAAGCUGGAGAGUAAAACGAGAGAAACAGUACUUCUGGACCAGUCCCUGCUGCAGUUUACGAAGGAGGACCAAAAAGGUCUGUCGCAAAUGGCUGAGACAUACAAAAGUACCAAAUCAACUGAGAGGCACGCCGCCCUUAUCACUUUCUUCAGUGAAUCGGCUAAAGUGAAGAUUCCCGCUAUCUGUAAAUAUAUAAAGCAGCUCUUACGAGAGGAAUCGACCGAGAAGUUUCUAGUAUUUGCCCACCAUCGGAACGUGAUUGAUGCUAUAUGCUUGACGCUAGACGAGACCGGCACGCACUACAUAUGCAUCGUGGGCUCUACUCCGGCCAACACACGGGCAGAUUUGGUGGAGAGGUUCCAGUACAGCUCGUGUUGCCGGUGCGCCGUGCUGUCCAUUACUGCGGCCAAUUCGGGACUCACGCUGACCGCCGCUAACCUCGUCCUUUUCGCUGAAUUGCACUGGAAUCCUGGAAUCCUAACGCAAGCGGAAUCGCGUGCGCACCGCAUCGGGUCCCGCGGGAGUGUGCGCGUACGCUACCUGCUGGCCGCGCGCACCGCUGACGACUUCAUCUGGCCCAUGCUGCAGGACAAGCUCAAUGUACUUAACGACGUAGGGCUAAGCGGUGACACUUUCGAAGACACAACCAUGACGCACCAGGAAAGUAAAAAUAUAUCACAUUACUUAACGCCGCAAUGCAGCAAAAACAGGAACGACUACAUCCCGGGAACGAACAUCAGGAAAGUUCCGCUGCAACCACAAACAUCGAACGCACUAGAGAAAAAUACUCAAUGUGAUAAUAAAACUAGUGAAUGGACCUCUAAUGUUGAAUGCGAUAUCGAUAACAUCGAGAAGUCGUUUUUAGAGGACGAUGAAGACGAUCAAUUAAUGGCCAAUUUGGAUUUAUGA